AUGUCGACAAAAAUGGACCCAGCGUUGCUGCAGCAACGCGAACUGUUUAAAAAACGCGCAAUUGCUACUCCAACCGUAGAAAAAAAGAAACGUGAAAAAGAAACAGAGCGCGAUGAUGCAGUGCUAAAAAAGCCAAAGGUUUCCUCCUCGUCGAGUGCUUCCAAGAUUGACACCACUAGUUAUAAAACUACUACUGGAAGUUCUCAGUAUAAAUUUUCAGUAUUAGCCAAGAUUGUUAAGCAUUUAAAAACUAAGUACCAGGAAAACGAUGAUUACCCGCUCUCGCUUGAUGAAAUUUUAGAUGAAACGAAUCAACUUGACGUAGGAUCUAAAGUAAAACAAUGGUUACAAACAGAAGCACUAGCUCAAAAUCCAAAAAUUGAAAUGUUGCAAGAUGGUCGAUUUAUUUUCAAGCCAACGUACAAAAUAAAAGACAGAAAAUCAUUGUUGAAACUUCUCAAACAACAAGAUUUAAAAGGACUAGGUGGUAUUUUAUUGGAUGACAUUCAAGAGAGCUUACCUCAAUGUGAAAAAUAUUUCAAGAAUUUACAAAAUGAAAUAAUAGUUGUUCAAAGACCAUUGGACAAGAAAAAAGUGAUAUUUUACCAUGACAAAAUGGAUAAUAUACAAAUAGACGAAGAUUUUCAAAAACUAUGGCGCUCUGUCCCGGUUGAUGCGAUAGACGAUCAGAAAAUAGACGAGCACCUGGAAAAACAAGGUAUCGCGAAGCUGAGUGAUCACGGACUGAAGAAAGCACCUCCUAUCAAACGAAAGAAAGCAGCGAAUAAACGGAAACAUCUUAAAAAGCCACGCGACAACGAACACAUGGCAGAUCUUUUAGAGACGUAUGGAGACGAUAAGUAG